UCUCCUCAGCUCCGUCUCUCUGGGUGAAAUCUCCUCUGCUAGAAUGAGGACUCUGUCUGCUCUGCUGAUGGUGCUGCUGCUCUGCUCUCUCCAGCAGGUCUGCAGUGGUACUGAAGGCAGCAACACCCCCAAAAAAUGUUGUUUUAAGUUUGCAAAAGUAAAGAUCCCCUUGAUGCGUAUUAUAUCAUACAGCAGGACCAGCAGCAACUGCCCUAAAGAAGCUGUUAUGUGA